ACAUUCAUCCGUUGUUUGAUAUUAUAGGGUGAUCAUCUAUCCCUCUCGGAAUUAUUAUCCGAUAAUUAGCAGGGAUAUCCGAUACCCAGCAGAGAAAUAUGUGGUAUCGCAAUGCUCCCCGGUCCGUGAUCUCUUUCUCUCGGGCUGGCCUGCGGACACCUCCCAGGACAGCAACCACAACUACUAGUGUUACGCGCAUAGUAACCCCCUUCUAUCGACGGGGUUUCUCACAGGGCUCAAUUCGGAGAAAUACGGAUUCCUCCUCUUCGGAACAAAAUGCCCCCAAGGAGGGUAAAAGGCGGAGGAACGACGACUCGGACGAGGAACCCACUCUCCGGUCGACGUUGCUGAAGAUGGGGGAGUCUGCGGCUACUACUCUUGCUUCGAUGGCUGUUCUUGGUAUGGUUGGAUACGCGUACCACCGGUACUACAAGUAUCUCAUCCUGGAGAAAAUGGAAAACGCCUUCAAACCGGGCGAUCCGGCCCUCGAGCUGGCCGGUGUGGAAGACGGAAAGCACCAGUCUACCUACGAGGAGCAUUGGGUGCAUCGCGAUGAGCAAGCCAGAAUGGAUAGAAUCAUCUCCGGUAAUGCUGGAGGUCGGUAUUACCUACUGGUAGGCGAAAAAGGAACUGGAAAGACGUCGAUGCUUCUUGAGGCAAUGCGCAAAAUUGACGGCGAGGGCUGUGCCAUGUUCGAAGCUCAUGCUGAUCUCGAGCUUUUCCGGAUUCGUCUGGGAAAGGCUUUGGACUAUGAGUUCCAUGAAGAUUAUAUCGGCAGCCUCUUCAGUAUCAAGGGCCCUCGGGAUACUACCGCACUCCUUGAUAUCGAGCGCGCUUUUAACAAAUUGGAAAAGGUUGCUCUUGCCAGAAGGCGCAGCAAGAAGUCGCCUUUGGUCUUGAUAAUCAACAGUGCCCACCUGAUCCGAGAUGACCACGAUGGCCAGGAUCUGCUUGAGGCGAUCCAGCAACGGGCCGAACAGUGGGCUGCAAGUGGGCUGGUGACAACAGUCCUGAACAGCGACGAGUACUGGGUGUAUGAGCGCCUGAAGAAGUACGCUACCAGAAUGGAAGUCAUCCCGGUGCGCGACCUCCCGAAAGACCGAGCAAUGGAAGCUCUGAGGAAGUAUCGCAAGCAGUACUUUGGCCAGGAAUUAACCCACGAGGAGCUUGAGGAGGUGUACAACCUUGUCGGUGGACGGCUGUCCUACCUCAACCGUGUUGCCAAGGCCCUAGACUACAAGAAGCUCUGUGAGAGCAUCUGCGAGGCCGAGAAGACGUGGUUCCUCAACAAGUGCUGGAUCCUGGGACCUGAGAUGGAUGACGAUGUGAUGGACCAGCAGAAAUAUGCCUCUGCGGCAAUGGUGCUGGCGAAAGCACUUGUGGACAAGGGAGAGGAAAUGGACAAGACGUAUGAUCCGAAGCUGGGCCACAUUCUCCCAGAGAUUCCUCUCCAUCAAGCGCGACAGAUCAUGACACGCGCGGACUUCAUCCAGAGCUACGACCACGAAAACAUCUUCACCAUCGACUCGCGGGCCAUGGUGCGUGCGGAUUCGGUACCCAUGCAGAAUGCGUUUAAGGAGAUCUGUAGCUGGCCAGGAUUCGACGAGCACCUGGAAGGCACUCUUACGCGCAUUGGAGACAUUGAGAGCUUGGGACGUACUCGGGAGCUGACGAUCAAGGACCUCUGGAACCAAGGCAAGUAUCAACUGGUCAUGCGGGACCACAAGGGUCGUGAGCAGGGUGCGGCAGAGUUCUCCGUUGUGGAGCCAGAACAGGAAAAGGAGGAUAACUGAAGACCAGGUUUAGCCUGGUGAGCCUGUACGAUUUACAGAAGAUGGAGGGUCUCUGGGAUACCUGAUCUCGGAGGAUAUCCCAGAGUGUACUACUACUACAUGUGCCACAUGGUGGGAAAGUGGCUUGACCGACCCAUGUAUUUAGAGAUUCGCUUCGAAGCCACUUACGACUGUCUUAUAGAAUACACUAACUACAUCUCAUCCGAGUUAUUUGGGCUCUUUGGAUUCU